CCUUCCACCCAGAGCCUCUUCUCUAAAGGGAGUUCUUGGUUUCCUCCGAUUUCUUAUGAACCCAGGAUGGGAAGCAAGGAAGAUGUGGGCGGCAAGGGGUGUCCGGCGGCCGGCGGCGUCUCCAGCUUCACCAUCCAGUCCAUCCUGGGCGGGGGCCCCUCGGAGGCACCGCGGGAGCCAGCCGGCUGGCCGGCCCGGAAGCGCAGCCUGUCGGUGUCCUCGGAGGAGGAGGAGCCGGACGACGGCUGGAAGGCGCCCGCUUGCUUCUGCCCAGACCCGCACGGCCCCAAGGAGCCCGGCCCCAAGCACCACCCCCCUAUUCCUUUUCCUUGCCUGGGUCCCCCGAAGGGCAGCGGCGGCGCGGGGCCGGCGGGCUCGGAUCGCUCGCCUUUCCUCUCUCCUUCGCACGCGGACUUUAAGGAGGAGAAGGAGCGGCUGUUGCCGGCGGGCUCGCCCUCGCCCGGGCCGGAGCGGCCCCGGGACGCCGGUGCCGAGCGGCAGGCGGGCGCCGCCAAGAAGAAGACGCGCACGGUGUUCUCGCGCAGCCAGGUCUACCAGCUCGAGUCCACCUUCGACAUGAAGCGCUACCUGAGCAGCUCGGAGCGCGCCUGCCUGGCCUCCAGCCUGCAGCUCACCGAGACGCAGGUCAAGACUUGGUUCCAGAACCGCCGCAACAAGUGGAAGCGGCAGCUCUCGGCCGAGCUGGAGGCGGCCAACAUGGCGCACGCGUCGGCGCAGACUCUGGUGGGCAUGCCGCUGGUGUUCCGGGACAGCUCGCUGCUGCGCGUGCCGGUGCCGCGCUCCCUCGCCUUCCCCGCGCCGCUCUACUACCCCGGCAGCAACCUCUCGGCCUUACCGCUCUACAACCUCUACAACAAGCUGGACUACUGAGCCGGGCGCCAUGCGCCCCGUGCGCCCCCCCCCCCGCCCCCCGCCGCCGUCUCCAGCCGCCCGCCCGGCCCGGCUCGCGCGGAUCGGGCGCGCGGGC